AUUUUUUAACACUUAAUAAUUUGCCUGUAUUACUUGACCUGUAAUGUCAGAAUUUGGCAACUUGAGUUUUAAUAUGAUAGCUUUCCUUUGGUGUUUUGGUCUAUGUACCACGUUACUAUCUUUUUAAGCUUAAAUUCUUUGCAGCUCCUGUCAAAUACUUUCCUUUGUAUAUUGUGAGGCAUUCAUCUUUUCUUCAUGGAUUAAAUUCCCUCCUCUUUUUCUUUAUAGGGCCUACUAUAACUAUUCCGUACCUUUUGCCAGAGCCAAUUGAAAAUAUGAGGAGUAUCCAUUGUUUAAUAUUCUGGUGACCUUUAGGUGCAUCUUUGGAUUGGCAGUUCUUGUUUUCAUCUUUGUAGUCUAGUGUAGUUUAGUUACUAUAAAUGGAAGUUUAAAAAAAAAGCAUUUUGAUUAAUUUGAAUUGACAUUGUUUUGUCUUUUCUCAUUUCUCAUAUAUACUGCGUUUUCCCCAAAGUGUAACUACAUCGUAAUGUUGAUCAGAGGUUCUUUACAGUAAAAAUGACAUUGAAAUUACUGACAUUAAAGCAGUAGAUCAGGUGAAUGGGAACAGGUGUUUUCUGUCUUCUUUGAAAGAUAAAGGCCAAAAUAUGGCUACUUUUUUAUUUUUUAUGUGAUGCAGAAAGAAGUGUACAGAAGAUGUAGGUAAGAUGUUUACAGGAAUGGCCUGAAGGUUAUGCAAAAGACCAGGUGAGGCAUGAUGGAGAAUCUGCUGUAGAAGUUUACAAUAUGAGAAACUGAAUUGUAAUAACUUGCUAUUGCUUUGGAGUGAAAAACUCUUGUUUAUGUGAUGAAAGUAGUGAAUCAAAUCGAAUGCAUCAUGAUAAACAUUUUUUAAAGGAUCUAAAUAAUCACACUUCACUGCAGUGUAUAGCUAAGAAAAUUCUCCUGCGUUUUCAGAGGAAAGAUGAGCGGAUUGCAUCACUGGAAACAGAAAAUGCGAUGCUGUAUUUAAAACUGGCCAACUUGCGUGGAGAGGUCUCCUCGGCCAAAGAAGAAGCGUCUGCAUCUAACGCUGUUCUGGAGACUGGAGACCGUUUUAAAAUGAAUGUGAAGCAGAGAGCUGGCCAGCUCUGUCUGGAGGCGCAGAAUUUAAAGUCUGAACUCUCCAAGAUUCGUGCUCUUGCCUUGGACAUGCCUCAUCAGAUUGGGCAGUUCCUUCAGAGAGCAAAAACUGUUGUUCAGCAUCACAGCGCAGAGUUCCAGUCUCACUCCUCAAACAUAACUGCCCUGGCCGACCAAGUGUGCCAGUUACAGAACACUCUGAGUGACAUCACCGACCAACAUGCCCGAGAGAAACGGAGGAGGCAAGAGUUGCACAACCUUCUCAUGGAACUCCGUGGAAAUAUUAGAGUUCAUGGAAGAUUGAGGCCGCUCAUGGAGUUUGAUGGAGAAAAUGAGGAUGUCUCUACUUUAGGAAGGCCUGGCACUAAGUCUGAGGUGGUUGUUCACUAUGUGGAUGAUGAGAACGUCUGUGUCCGCACCAGCAAGCACAACAAAGUCUUUGAAUAUGAAAGAGUGUACAGCCCCAGUGAGAAGCAGGAAUCUGUGUUUGAUGAAGUACAACCCAUGCUCACCUCCCUGCUGGAUGGGUACAACAUCUGCAUUAUGGCGUAUGGGCAGACAGGAAGUGGGAAAACUCACACCAUGCUCGGCAGUCACCGCAAUGACGACUACAACCCGAGCCAAGACCCGCAUCCUGAUGAAGGAGUCAUACCGAGAGCUACGCGAGAACUGUUCAGGCUGAUUGAGGAGAAGGCGCCCGGCACCCACUCGAUCGAGGUGUCGGUGGUAGAGGUGUACAACAACGACAUCCGUGACCUUCUCAGCAGCGACCCCAACGCCAAGCACGAUGUCAUCACCGGGGGCGACGGACAACUCAGUAUACCUACCGUCAUCUCGAAGCCUGUGGACACGGUGUACGCCGUCAUGUGUUUGGUCCAGCGAGGUCUCCGCACGCGCAGAGAGACAGCCACACUGGUGCACGAACACUCCAGCCGCUCCCACCUCAUCGUCACGCUGACCGUCACAUCCAAGGCUCCCAGCUUCUUUGCCAAGUCGGCGUCGGUGGACUCCAAUUUGUCUGAAGUGGGUUUGGGUAAGAAAGGUCGCUCGCUGUCACAGACCUGGACGAAUGACCAGCUGCAAGGCAUAGGUCAAGGUCAGGUGCCAGCCAAUCAGCAACCAGUGAUACGCACUAAACUACAGCUGGUAGACUUGGCAGGAAGUGAAUGUGUUGGCAUGUCGGGUGUGAAGGGCGUGGCACUGCGGGAAGCCUCCUUCAUCAACAAGAGUCUGUCUGCACUGGCUGAUGUCCUCGGAGCACUGGCCGAGCAUCGAACACACGUGCCGUACAGGAACUCCCGUCUGACACACUUCCUGCAGGAUUCUAUCGGAGGUGACGCCAAGCUGCUAGUCCUACUGUGUGUGUCCCCGGCACAGCGCUACAUCACCGAGUCGCUCCAGUGUCUGGGCUUUGGUCAGCGGGCCAGGCAGGUGCAGAGAGGACCCACCAAACGCCGUCUGCCAUCCUCCGUGGAAAAAGUGACCGCUGCCGAUGGACAGAGCAGUAGCAGGAUGCGGUCUGGUUCUUCCUCUCGCUAGAAGGAUUUUUGUCCCUGCUAUUCAACAAUAUAGGCCUUACUUGAGAUUUUGUCUCUGCUACAUGUGUAGACAACAAUAUUAUAGGCUUUUCUUGAGAUUUUGUCUCUGCUACAUGGGUAGACAACAAUAUAGGCCUUACUUGAGAUUUUGUCUCUGCUACAUGUGUAGACAACAAUAUUAUAGGCUUUUCUUGAGAUUUUGUCUCUACUACAUCGAGACCUCAGUGCUUUCUUGUAGUAUCUUCAUUUUUUUUUUACAUUGAAAAUGUGACUUUUCUUAAGCUCACUCUUUGGUAUGAACUGUUUUCUCUGUUCAAUAAAAUGGAGAUGCAACAAGAAAGCUCUGAGGUUGCAACACGUGUGAUGCAACAAUAUAGGCCUUACGUGAGAUUUUGUCUCUACUACAUAUGUAUACAAUAUAGGCCUCACUUGUGCCAGUGUCAGGUCAAAGGCUACCAUUGGGUCAUCCAUGGUUGGGAAGCUGGUCAAUAAUAUCCAAGUUUGGGCGUCUGAUUUAAGAGUGACCCGCAUUCUUUCUCCUGGAGAGAGACAGACAGACAGCAUGACAGACUAAUGCCAGAAACAGAGAGAGACGGACAGAACGAGUAUGUGAGUGUGCUUGAUGGAAUGAGUGAGAGAGUUAUUAAACGAAAAGGAUAGAGAGAGUGAGAAAGUGAAUGAUUGAGAGCUUUGGAAGAAUAUAUGCAUACAGAGUGAAAAAGGAGGGAAGACUAAGACUUGCUUAGCCGAAGUCAGCCAUUUCACUGACAAUGCUUCUCUCAUUCUCCUACGCCAAUACCUGAAUUAUCAAAAAGUGUGCGGUUUGUUGUAAUGUUGUCCUCACACAUAUAUAUUAUGUAGUCUAUAUGAUAUACACAUAUCUACCUUGAAUGAUAGCUUUGUGCCUUUUAGUCACAGCAGAGUGAAAUUUUGUUCAUAACCCAAAAGGGUACUGUUGAUAUAAAUAAUAUAUAAAUUAAACUUCCAUUCCAUACGCGGUUCCGUCCAUACAGUUGACUCUCUGCUGUGUCAUUUGCCAAGAAUAAAUCAACCUAGAAACAUA